GGAGGGCGGAGCGGCCGCGGCCAAUGAUCUCAGCGCCCCACGCACAGGCGGAGCCUCUUUGGCCGCCGACCUCAGGACUGAGCGAGGCGAGAGGCUGGACUAGACUUUGGAGAGCGUGAACCUGCACUGGAGCGUGAGCCUGAGACUGCCACAGAGUAGUAAGCAUGCUGCGCUUCCUGGUGCCCUGGCUUCGCUGCCUCCGUGGCAGGACCGCCCCGUACUCGUCGGCAGCAGCUCUCCCAAGCCCUAUCCAGAACCCAGACAUCCACUACAACCAGCUAUUCAUCAACAAUGAGUGGCAAGAUGCGGCCAGCAAGAAGACCUUCCCAACAGUCAACCCUGCCACGGGAGAGGUCAUUGGCCAUGUGGCUGAAGGGGACAGGGCUGAUGUGGACCGAGCAGUGAAAGCAGCCCGCGACGCCUUCCGCCUAGGGUCUCCAUGGCGCCGCAUGGAUGCCUCCGAGCGGGGCCGGCUGCUGCACCGCCUCGCCGACCUGGUGGAGCGGGAUCGCGUCUACUUGGCCUCCCUGGAGACCUUGGAUAACGGGAAGCCUUUCCAGGAGUCUUAUGUCUUGGACCUGGAUGAGGUCAUUAAGGUGUACCGGUAUUUUGCUGGUUGGGCUGACAAGUGGCACGGUAAGACCAUCCCCAUGGAUGGUGAGCAUUUUUGCUUCACCCGGCAUGAGCCUGUUGGUGUCUGUGGCCAGAUAAUCCCAUGGAAUUUCCCCUUGGUCAUGCAGGGCUGGAAGCUCGCCCCGGCGCUGGCCACCGGCAAUACUGUGGUCAUGAAGGUCGCCGAGCAGACCCCUCUUUCUGCCCUGUACUUGGCCUCCCUCAUCAAGGAGGCGGGCUUUCCCCCCGGGGUGGUGAACAUCAUCACAGGCUAUGGCCCAACAGCAGGCGCAGCCGUCGCCCACCACAUGGAUAUCGACAAAGUGGCCUUCACCGGCUCCACCGAGGUGGGCCACCUGAUCCAGAAGGCAGCCGGCGAGUCCAACCUCAAGAGAGUCACCCUGGAGCUGGGCGGGAAGAGCCCUAGUAUUGUGUUGGCUGACGCUGACAUGGGCCACGCCGUGGAGCAGUGCCACGAAGCCCUGUUCUUCAACAUGGGCCAGUGCUGCUGUGCGGGGUCCCGGACCUUCGUUGAAGAAUCCAUCUAUGACGAGUUUCUCGAGAGAACUGUGGAGAAAGCUAAGCAGAGGAAAGUGGGGAACCCCUUUGAGCUGGACACCCAGCAGGGGCCCCAGGUGGACAAGGAGCAGUUUGAACGAAUCCUGGGCUAUAUCCAGCUUGGCCAGAAGGAGGGGGCAAAACUCCUCUGCGGUGGGGAGCGUUUUGGGGACCGUGGUUUCUUUAUCAAGCCUACGGUCUUUGGUGGUGUGCAGGAUAACAUGAGGAUCGCCAAGGAGGAGAUCUUUGGACCUGUGCAGCCCCUGUUCAAGUUCAAGAAGAUCGAGGAGGUGAUCGAGAGGGCCAACAACACCAGGUAUGGCUUGGCUGCUGCUGUGUUCACCCAGGACCUGGACAAAGCCAUGUACUUCACACAGGCCCUCCAAGCGGGGACAGUGUGGGUAAAUACCUACAACAUCGUCACCUGCCACACGCCAUUUGGAGGCUUUAAAGAGUCUGGCAAUGGGAGGGAGCUGGGGGAGGACGGGCUUAAGGCCUACACGGAAGUGAAGACAGUCACCAUCAAGGUUCCACAGAAGAACUCCUAAGCGUGGCCACCAUGAGACCCGACUCCAGGCCCGCGCGUCCACUGCUACCUACCAGUAGGCGCCGAACGUGUUUUAGCCCCUUUAUUUGUUCCGAGUGAACUCUUAGAACCUCAACUAAGGAAACGAUGGAAACCUGAGCUUCUCUAAAGCAAGGGAGGGGGGCAGGGCUCAGUCCUCUCCCUCUGCGCCCCAGCCCCAAGCCCCUCGGAGGCCCUGAGUAACUUCCAUAAAAACUUAGGAAGAUAGAUUAAAAACCACUGAUCUGGACUUUUAGUUCUUCCUGCUGAUCCAAGGACUUCCCCAUGGAUUAACCUGCUGACUUAGUGGAUGAACUCACCUCAAACCUGGGAAUUUUGAUGGAUGCCCAACCUUGGCCCCAUUCUUGAUUGGCUGAACCUAAAAGACAAGGGUGCUUUUUGUUUUCUAAGUAGCCAACAGUUGUUUUGCUACUGAUUUUCUUUAAUUUGAGGGAAGGAAUGGCAAAGAAUGCACGUAUGUAACCAUUCCCUUAAAAUAAGCUCAAAACAGCCCACAUGUCCAGCAACUACUGACUGAAUAAACAGAAUGUUUCCAUGGAAUAUUCCUUGUACUAUUCAGUCGUAAAAAGAAGGAAUAAAGUACUGACACAUGCUACAAAAAGGGAAGAUCCUUGAAAACAUGCUAAAUGAAAGAAGACAAGGCCACGUAUUGUAUGAGCCCAUUUAUAUGAAAUAUCCGGAAUAGGCAAAUCCAUAGAGACAUGUAGAUUAGUGCUUGCUGGGCUUGGGGAAGAAGGAAUAGGAAGUAACUGCGAAUACGUAUGGGACUUUUUUUUUUUUGGUGGGGGAGGUUUUGAAAUACUCUGGAAUUAGAUAGUGGUGAUGGUUGCAUAACUUUGUGAAUACUCGUAUACUAAAAAGCACUGUAUUGCAUACUUUGAAAGGGCGAAUUUUGAUAUGUAAAUUGAUUUCGAUUGAAAAUUAAAAUAAACACACAUCCUGUUUGCAAAUCAA